AUGGCGAACGCAGCACCCGUGCCCGUGUACUUCGGUCCGUCGGAAAAUUUAUCUCCCGAGGAACGGGCCGAGCGGGAGCGGCUGGAGCGGCAAGAGGUAGCCCGAUGGAAGCAUCGGUUCCUGCGCCUAGAUGCGAUCAAACCGGGCGAAACGGCCGAGGCACACGAGAUGCGUUGCCUCAACAAACGCCUGGUGCACAUCGAACGGGAAGCGGCUCAAAAGGAACUGCUGCUCAGGGUAAGGAACGCACCGGUGCAUCGUCGCGAGGCCGUACGAUGCCGCACCAUCAUCCUACGCCUGCUCGAUGAAACCGCCGAAACGAAUCGGAAGAUUACGGCCACCAAGAUCGACAUUCAAGAGCUGGAGUCACAGAUCAAGCGCGCCCAACAGGAGCUACAAACCGUCACGAAGGCCAUUCCGUCGGAUUUUCUGUUCGCCAAACAGUUGGACCGCUCGUCCCGGCAGGUGGCAGCCCUGGAGUCCCGCCUGCAUCAUGUGCGCACCCAAGAGAACCAGGUGCACUGCGACAACCGGAAGCUCCGUGAGGAGCUCGAGGGAAUGCUAGAGGAACGGAAACGGUACAACCGCCAGUGGGAACAGUACGUCCAGCAGCUUGCCCGGAACCGCAAGUUUCUCAUCGACAUGAUCGAACGUGCCACGUUGGCCUUUAACCAGAGUGAAGAGCUUUGCCACCGGAUCGAAUCGCUGAAGGCACAGGAAGCGCGCGAAACGCGCCAACAGGUGAACGAGAUGAUCGAGGUGGACCGCCAGAUCGUCGGUACGCGCCACACGAAUGCGUUCCUGCGUACGAAAGGCGCCACCCGGCCAGUGGCCAACCUGGAUCCGGCCAUCGUUAGCAAGCGGGAUCGUUUUAAGCGGGCCUGCUUGGAUCGGACCACCCGCUACCGGACGAUCGUCGAUGGAACGCGUGAGGCACUGCAGCUCCAAUCGAUGCACGAUGUGUUGGCGUUGAUCGAGCGCCAGCAGGACAAGUACAUGGCGCUGUUUAAGUACGCGAACGAAACGGAUGCACAGCUUGAGGCCGCUACGGAGCGAGCGCGCGAACUCGCGGAAGUGGCCGAUGGUGCCAGGGAGGCGCAGCGCCGCAAACAGCUCACCAACGAGCAGAAGGAGAAGCAGACCGAGGAACAACUCCACCGGGCACGGAAGGAAACGGAACAGCUUGAAGCGGACGUUACGUAUCAGGAGGCGGCACUCGAACUGAAGCUGGAAACCGUCGAGCAGGCGCUGGAGUUGCUGGGGUUCGAUCGACCGGCCAUUGUGGUGCUGAUGGGUGGCACAACUCGCACCGAUCGCCAGAAGCUCACGAAGGACGCACUCACCAAAGCGUUGGCCGUCAUCGAACGGAAGGUGAUGGAACUGGUGAAGCGCCGUAGGCCAGGACUCACACCGACCACCGAGGACCCUGAACCGGAAGCGACGCCCGCGCAACAGUGUGCCGAGUGUGCCGAGGGACAGGACGUUAACCAGCACGACGAACACAUCGUCCAACCGACCGAGGACGAGCGUAUGAUGGAGAACGUCCGGAAGCGGAUGGCCGCACCGGAGAUGCAGUACCGCCUUCACACACUCAGCCAAUGCAAACUUCCUCGCUCCCGUAUGCUGGUCAACAAACGCUACCAGUAGACCCGGAUCGGGUUAUUUGGGUGUUGGAUCGGAUUCGCUUUUAUUCUAAAUUCACGUUCCUUUCAAAUCAAACGUCGUUGGUGGCUG